AUGGCGUCAAGGAUCUGGCGGCCGCCCUCAGGCAACCACUGCGCUUCGGCGUCCGGCUGCUCGCUUGCUGCCCUUCUGCACUCUUUGCGGCCUGCAUCUCCAACAACCACUGCACUUCCCGCGUCCGCCUGCAGAAUAGCGGCCCGCAAGCAAGGCGACGGCAGUUCCGAGGCCUACGCGCGUGGGAGGAAACGGUGGCUCUGGAGGCCCGCGCGAGAGCAGGGAGAGUGGCGCGUGGGAGACGAGCACGACGACGGAGACCCACACCGUCGCGUGGGAGGGAAGCGAGGGUGGCUAUCAUGUGGAGCUGCGAAAAAGCAGACUCGACAAUGGGCUGCGUGGACACACCAAGAGGAGGAGAAUUUCUUCAAUGCACUGCGACAAGUAGGAAAAAACUUUGACAAGAUUACGCACCGUGUUCAGAGUAAAAACAAGGAUCAGGUCAGGCAUUACUAUUAUCGUCUUGUUCGACGCAUGAAGAAGCUAUUGGGUCCUAGGUGGUCUCUGCUUGAGAAAUUUAGUUGCAGUGCAUCAAAGCUGAACCUGAAGCCUCGGAGGUUCAAAACAUUUGUAGAAGCAUUGGACAUUAAGUCCAGGAGAAAGCGUUCACAAGUGGAUAUGUGCCUACCUUCUCCAUCUCCAAUUGUCAGCAAGGCUCCUGGGAAUGAGACUCCUCCUGUAAAGUUGCUGUCAGUAUAUGCUCAAAAUGGUAGCAGAGUAGCAUCUCCUAAAGGGACAAUUUUCAAGCGGGUUGCAGAACCAAUUUCUAGCAAGUCAGGAGGAACUAAAGGCGACCUCUCUGCCACAAGAACCAUGAAACAAAAAAGGAAGGCAGGUGGCACUGUUGCAUCUGCUGCAUAUAAAAAAUGGGAGAGAGCGGCCAUGGCUCGUGUUUCUUUAGUUGCUGAUGCAGCUGAGGAGCUUGAGCGCAACACGGUUAACCCGGGCAUGUUAUGUAAUGUUGAUGCAAGAACACUGACUUCAUCAUCAGACAGACUUUCUACUGUUGAUGGCAUUAGCACAAAUCAUAUGAAGGAAGCAGAUUCACAAGCACCUGUGAAGCUGAGGCUACAGUUAUUUCCAAUAAAUGAAGCUACUCGGAAGGCAUUGGAGAAGGAUGACCAUAAUCCUCAUCUAGAGCUCACAUUAAGCUCUAGGAAGAAAAUAUCAUCUGUGCUAGAACAUCUAAACCGAAAAUGGGGUAACUCAAACAUCGCAUCUGGUGAGCUUAUUCUUUUUCCGUAUUGUGCUAAUCAAGAGGAUUUGGCUACAUAUCAGAGGUGGACAACAAGAGAUACUGUUGUAGUAGCUGAUGUGUUUCUUUCUGUGAAUAGCCCUUCUGUUUUCCGUUUAAGUUCAAUGUUAUUGCAUAUGACACCAUCUAGUACAGGCAAGAACUCUGAGCUUCCAGAUCAGCCGGCUAAUGUGCCCCCCUCUCAGUUUGGCAGCCAAAAGCAAGUGCAGGUUCCUGUAACCCAAGCUUCUGAGGAUGAUCAGGGAGUGAAUUGUGUGGCAAUAUCUGAAGUAGAGUGGGCAGAUACCCUUACAGAUAUCAGUGUUGGGCACUUACUGACAGAAGCAUCCAAAGGCGCUCAUUUAGAUUGCGUAGGGACUAGUGUAAAAAAUCCUUUGUUUCUUGAGAAUCCAUGCAGCUAUGACUCGUUUGAUGCUGCUGUUGCCCUUCAUGCUUCUCGUUAUCAAGCAACAGAGCAGCCAGCCCAUACUCCCCAUUCAACCAUAUGGGGAGCAGAAGAAACAUGUGAUGAGUUCAGCUUUAAUUUGUCAGCCUCCAGAAAGCAAGAAGGCUCAAACACUCCUAGCAGCUCUCCUGAUACUGAUAAUGAAGUUCAUCCUUCAAAUUCAGAAGGAUUUCAAGGUUUUCUUCAGGACUUGACUGGAGGAGAGGCUGAUGGUGAUAAUCCUUAUAAUGAUGAUGCCAAAGACGAAGAGGAGUUUUAUGCUAAAUCACCACCUCGAAAUGAUGAAACUAAUGAGCUGAAGGAUCAAUCUUUAGCUGACAUAUAUUGGCCUGAUUCACUUGGACCACUGGACUUGGACAUACCGUCCGUGAGAUAUCAAGCCGAUGACAUACUGAUAGGGGACAGUCAAAUAGUUGGAGCCGCCUGA